AUGAUGGACAAGCGCGAUGUGAGCCGCAGUAUCGUCUGUAUCUGCACCACGCUGGAGUGUCAGCAGGCGGGCGUGAGCACCUGUACCACCACCGGCAUGUGCUACACCCAACAGCUAAGGCGGCUCGACGGCGCCGACCCCAUGACCAGAGGCUGUGUCAGGGGCGAGACGCCUCUAAUGUGUGACCACCUGCUGCCGACCCACGGGGAGGACUACCGGGCCAGCUCCAUCUGCUGCGGUACCCCGCUCUGUAACAAACAGGUGUCGCUGGCGUCUGGCCGCGGCCGUGGCCCCGGAGGGACCAGGAGACACGAGCAGCACGAGCAGCGGCGGACCAGCGGCGCCAAACACGAUGUUUCGGUGAACCGGACGCUAGAGGCGCUGCUGGCGCUGGGAGGUCGUCAGGGGGCGGCCGGCUGGAGGCCCGGUCCACUGGUCAUCUCGGUACUGGCCGUCGGACUGGCCAUGGUGGUCGGCAUUAGCGCGGCGGGGAUCUACAUCCUACAAUCAAAUAGGUUCGUAGCGGAAGUCCCAUUCUCAGCGUGUCCUCGCGACCACGUCACGUCCUGAGCGUCACCACGUCACGUUUUGAGACGUCACUGCGUGCGUUUACGUCCUGGGCAUCCCUGCGUCACGUCUUCAAACAACACCCGGUGUGGCAAGUCAUUCCGCGAACGCUGCAUCAUAUGUGGCAUUGCAUUUGAUCGAUUGAAUCCCACCUGUGCUAUUCUCAGUGUUAUUAGAGAAUGGUAACAAAACCUUGCCAGCAUAGUGUAGCCCGUGACAGUUCUGACUGGACAGGCGGCCACGCCCUGGUCGCUGCGUGCAGUCCGGUCACCCUCAGAAAAAGUGGCACUCUCCUAGUGAACUGCACUCAGACUCUGACAUUGCUGUGUCGCAACGACUGCGUAUCGUGAGCACACCCAAUCCAUUAACGUUAUAAUGGAGGAAUUGGGUACGACAAGCCGAUCGGAGGCGGUGGGAGAUCUCAGUCGCUGCAAACAUGCACGCUAUAGCUGCAACAGGUAACGGCUGUCUAAGAAUAAUGUCACUCGGCAAUGUGCAUUGUGGAUGCCGUCGGCUUUAUUCCGGCAAUCAAUCAUCCGAAUUGGCGGACUAUGACGGCGAAAUGUCGUAUUCCAUUAGAGUCGCUGGCGGCGGCUGUGGGCUGAGCGGCCUGUGUGAAGCUCCGGUGGGGACACGCCGUCGAGCCGCCCCGACAUUCGGAGAGCGCCAGAGUACAGCGGUUCUCGUUUACCGCCUGUCGCCGAAUAUGGGCCUACAGAGCGGCGGCUGGUCGGAGCGGCGUUCCACGCAGUCUGGGCCGCUCUGUUCCGAGUAGUACCGACGGGACUGAGCUGUCUGUUCGAAGCCGAGCUAUCCCGAGCCGAGCGUUCCGCAGCUGAUCUUUCAGGACCUGUGUUGUCCGGACUCCGGAGCUCAGCCAUCCGGAUCUGCGUUGUCCGCUGUUUCUGGAAUUGUGUUGUCCGCUGUCCGGAGUUGUCAUGCUCGUAAUUGUCGUUGUCCGGAGCUGAGCUAUCCGGAUCCGUACUAACUAUGUUAGAGCUGGAUUGUAGCCUUUCCAGUGUCCAUCGUAUCCGGAGUUGUGCCGUCUAUUGUCUGGUGUCCGACACCGAAAUAUCCUAUUCCCAGAGCUGUGUCCUCUGUUCGUAAUGUUCCUGACUCGUAUCUGACCCUGGGCUGUCCGUGACUGGCACUAUGUCGUGUGCGUUGUUGCUCGCGCCCGAGCCGUGCCAGCCUGCAUCAGCGGUGGCCGUCGAUGGCUGGUGCGCACGUUUUACACGGCACGCCACCCGCUACCGUGCUAUCUCGAUUAUAAACCCGGCAAUAUGCGGAGUUCGGGCUGCCUUGCAGCGGAGAAGUGAUUUGCAAUGGUAGUUAUCGUGUGCACCCAGCCGUUUUAUUUGUAGAUAGAUAUUGUCUUAUACUAAAAGCUUGGGUCCGUCGUGCAUGAGCCGUAUGACAUGAUGUUUGUUUCCAUGCGUGAUGUAACAUCGUGUGAACUUGUCAUUUAUUUCAUUCGGUCAUGCUAUUAGCCAGCAUCAUGUAUGUUAUGUAGAUACGUCUAUCGUCUCUAUAUGGUUCGUAUAUUUUUCGGAUCCUAACAGUGAUCCUAAUUCCAAUACCGGCGGCCGGCCUGUCAUGUUUUAUGUAAAACUCCCCCACUCUAAAUGUCUCGAGAUCCUUGCCCUUCUGUUCCUGAGCUGUGCCGGUGCAUGCCUGCCGUCGGAGUCGGUUCCAUCGUUCCUGCCGCCGCGGAGUCGGUGCUGGUGUGCCUGUGUCCGUGGUCGGUGCCGGCGCCCGUUGACGUGCUGUUUAUCAGCAGCGCGGCACGGCACGGCUCGUCGAGUCCGUGCCGGCCCGGCGUGCCGUCCGUGCCGUGCCGACGGAGCGGCCGUCUGGUGCCCCUGUGAACGCCGACCCACCCUCCCGGUGUAUAUCUGUAUCGCGUGUCGGCGUGCCGGGUGAGGACGCCGCUGAAGACACGGUCAACUCUAGUCAUUAACAUGUUUACAGGCCCGACAACCGUGAGGCGCGACUUUGCUUUUGGCUGGAUGGGAAAGUGCGGGUUAACAGCGGAAGACGGGAUUGGAGACAUGGCAGCGGCACGACCUGACGAGACUGAGAGUAGCGAAAUACACGGGAGAACAAACGAACGUCAAGUUCCA